CCGCAGGAGCCGGCGCUGGGGCGGCGCGCGCCGCGCUGAGGGGCCGCGGGCGCCGGGACCGCAGGUUUCAGUGCCAUCAGUGCAGGUCCCCGGGGCAGAGGGGCCUGGAGCUGCCAUGACGACGGGCGACUGCUGCCACCUCCCCGGCUCCCUCUGCGACUGCCCGGGAAGCGCCGCGCUCUCCAAGUCGGUGGAGGACUCUGACAUCGGCCGCCCUCAGUACGUCACACAGGUCACCGCCAAGGACGGACGGCUCCUCUCAACAGUGAUCAAGGCGCUGGGUGCGCAGAGUGACGGUCCCAUCUGUCGAAUCUGUCAUGAAGGUGGAAAUGGGGAGGGACUGCUUUCCCCGUGUGACUGCACAGGAACACUGGGCACCGUGCACAAGAGCUGCCUGGAAAAAUGGUUAUCCUCCUCCAACACAAGUUACUGUGAGCUCUGCCACACAGAAUUUGUUGUAGAGAGAAGACCAAGACCUUUGACAGAGUGGCUAAAGGAUCCUGGUCCCCGGAAUGAAAAGAGGACCCUUUUCUGCGACAUGGUGUGUUUCCUGUUCAUUACUCCCCUGGCAGCGAUCUCUGGCUGGCUGUGUUUGCGUGGAGCCCAGGAUCAUUUGCAGUUCAACAGCCGACUGGAGGCCAUUGGACUCAUAGCACUAACUAUAGCACUUUUCACAAUCUACGUCCUUUGGACGCUGGUUUCGUUCCGCUACCACUGCCAGCUGUACUCGGAGUGGCGGAGGACCAACCAGAAAGUCCGCUUGAUGAUCCCGGCCGCGCGGAGCCCUCACCCUCUGCCCCACUCCCUCCUCUCCGCCAAGCUCAUGAAGAAGACCGCGGAUGAGACCACCGUCUGAGCCAUCCUCCCGCGGCCGCUGGGCUGAGGGCAGUCCUCGGGGGCUGGCGGGGGCGAAGAGGGUCGGGUGUCCCCCCAUGUGCAGGACGUGCAGCAGCGGUGGAGGCACUAGAAAACAAUCAUCCCACCCGAAGGGACUUUGCGGUCAGCAUGCACUUUAUACUAUGUCAAACAGACAGAUAAUCAACGUCUGUCAUGUGAAACGGCCCAAAAGAUCCAGAUGGCAGAAUACGCCCAUCUGCAGGGACACUUUCCUAUAACUAGAUACCAUACGUGGAAAAUAUCUCCUUCUAUAUAUAUAUAUAUAUAUAUCUAUAUAUAAUAUUAUUUUUUAAUGGCCAUUCAUAUUGUGUUUCAGUCCUUUUGUGUUGAUGUUCUAAGCUUCAGUAUAGAAGCUGGCAGCCUGAUCUCAUACAGAGGUUAAAUCUAUGCCUUUUCUCCAAAUGAGCAUAUAAAGAACACUUUUCAUUGACUGUUCUUGAAAGUCCCCUUUUCCUUUGCACUAAAUUGGUUUUGAUAAUACUGCAGCAGCCUUUCCUAUUACUCUUUGGUCUCUUUCGUGGUGUUUCUGUCCUUUCUAGAAAGUUGUGUGUUUUUAAUAAUUAUUAUAAUCCCAGGAGUAAAAUGACAUAAUACUGAACGGAGAUAUUUUGUAUUGUAAAGUAAUGUAAUUUUGAGAAUUUCAAAGUAAGUUUCAAAACGAGAAAAUCUUCUUCCUGUGCAGACAUGAUCUCACAAAAUGCUUUCCUUGCAGAUCCUGGCUCAUCCCCAGGACUCGGAUGCACUCAGCUCUUGGUAUGUCUGGCAAAGGUAGAUGGAGGAUCUGAGGGGGGAAGUGAUGGCUUGUACUAGCUAAACCCACCAUUGCCUUUGCUUUUAAAAGAUUCAGAAAGGAGCUUUCCUGACCCCAAAAGGUGAGAGUUGGAGUCUCUGUUUGCCGAUGUCCUUUCACCACCUUGAGGCUGGACCUCUGGUAGUAUCGGUUACACACCUGCGUUACGGGACAGGCCGUGCUCUGCAGCUGCUCGGCAGGACACGGGUUGUCUCAGCUGUCUCUCUGAGCUUAUUUGCACGUUCCUCGGCAGCCGCUGGAAUUGCUGCUGUGAUUUGGUUCAUCCCUGAAAGCACUGUCUGCCUGUUACGUGUCCUCUAGUGAAGCACCCCAGGGUGGCUGGUUCCCAGGGAGCACACCCUGGGUCCCUUCUGCAGGGCUGGCGUUCCUCCUCCUCCUUCAUCCACCUGUGUUCCCAGCACAUCGAGCUAACGAUUCCCUCUGUCUUGGAGCGCCCAGUCUGCCAAGGUUUUGCUUUAGUCCUUGCCCUCUUUACUGCCUCCCCACCCUGCCAGACGAUGCCUGUGCUUGGUGCUGUGCUUUCCUGGGCCCCGAGUGGCGUGGGCCGUAAUGACACCGGUGUUGGCACUGCCCUGCUGACUGCUCCACGUGCAGCUGCUUGGCAUGAGCCUAGGCUGGAACUUGCUGGUAGCAUGAGCAGCAGGGGCUGGUGUCCUGCGGUCGCCAGCAGGAUUGCUCCAGCCCUGGAGCCCAGUCUGUGUCUGCUCUUCUGUCUCCUGUUCCAGGGGCUUCAUGCAACUCAGUGAUGCCCCAGUACAUCUUGCAGCAGCCUCUUUCUGCCCAGCUCUGGGCCCCCGGGGGCUGGUUCAAGCUGGUCUCUGUUCUGAGCAUGAGGGUCUCAUUCGAUCACGGGGUGAAUAUCUUCUGCCACAACCAGACUGUGCAUCUCUGCCCCCCUCUCUCUGCCAGCCUCCCUGCCUGUCUCUUCCCUUCUGCCACGUACCUGUGGGCACCUUUCCUUUUUCCCUGUCAUGCAGGGGUGACUUGGCCCCCGGUGCUCCUGGAGGUUUGCAGUGCAGAGAGGCCCCUUCAGCCCAGCUGCAGUUACGGUCCCUGCUUCGAAUCAGCUGGUGGAGUGGAGCUGCCACACAGGCGCUGCCUCCCUCUGUGCACCCCUUCCCUUGGCAGUCAGUGCUGCACCACUGCUCUGUGCCUUGUCCUGGGUACCCCUUCCUUCAGCCCCUCCCCCACAAGCUCUGCGUCACCAGGACAUUCCCAGUGAAGAAAAAUUUGGGGAUUUAGUUUAACCUUCCCAGCCCUGGCCGCCUCCCAGGAGCUUGGUCUUGCAACAUGUCUAGUUCUGGCAGGUAAUGAAGGAUGUGCACUCCCACACCAUGUUCCCCUGGUAAGGAUUUAACGGAGCCAGUAUUUCAGUUAGGAAACCCACUAUCGAUCCAAAUAUGCAACUGUGAAAGCCAGAAGUCCGUGGCUGGGGGCGGCUGGGGCCUGGCCUCGUGCUGCUGCGUGGCCAUGGCUUCACUCUCAGCUUUGUUGUCUUUAUUGUAGUUUCCAAUAAUUGGAGUUGUUGCAUGUGCCCCUGCAAAACCCAGAGUGACUCUUUGAGUCUUCUCCUGAGAGGAGACGUUCAGCUCGUGGAUGUGGGAAAUCCGUGUCUCUGACCCGCCACGUUCCAGUGUCAUGGGGAAACGGGCUGUGCAAUUAUGUAAAUAAAAGUGAGACAACA